UAUCCGUAUAUUUUUUUAUUCAUUAAUCUGUUCGGUGUCUGUUUGUCCUUGAGCAGUACAACGGCUGAUUUAAGACUAAACGUGCAUUGCAUACGUUAGCUUUUUAAUGACAUUUUUAUGCAAAUCAUUUACAUCAUCUUUUCGUUGGAAUGUAAUAAAUACAGACGUAGAGUACGAGAGGCCCAUUUUCAUUGUGGAUUUAGGAUGUUUCGGUGAAAUGGUUGAAUUGUUGAAGCAUGAAAUUAUGUAAGCACCAAGUGUUAAAAGAAAUGGGGUCGAUUGAGCUGUAAAAGGAGGAGAUAAAAAUGACAGCGUACCUGUACAGGUAUUUUGGAUCAGUUUUACAACAGGCACUCACCUGAAGGUGUACAUUCUCAACUUUCAAGAUGGAUGGAGAUAAAAUACUGGAGAGCCUGGGCCGUUUGGCCUAUUUCAGGUCCUGUUCUUUCUUUGUGUGUCCUUUAUCUACAUGAGAGGAGCCUGGCCAGUGAUGGCCAUUCUGUUUCUGGGAGGAGACCCGGGUCAUCACUGUAAGGUGCCUGUAAAUGAAUCAGUGACAGCCAUUAUUCCUCUGGACUCAAAUGGAGAUUUUGAAAAAUGUGUGAUGAAAUCUUCAACCCAAAAUCAAACCAAGACAUGUGAUCAAGGGUGGACAUAUGGAAGUGAAUUUGAUUCCACCAUAUUAACAGAGUGGGAUCUGGUGUGUGAUAAUAAAUUCCUGGUGGAUUUGUCCUCCACGAUCUAUAUGGUGGGAAACACACUGGGGGCCCUCUGUCUCACGCCACUGUCUGACAAGUUUGGCAGGAAGUGGAUCAUUCUGGGCAUGCUCUGGAUACAAGGGGCUGUCGGCAUAGGAACAGCCUUCGCCAGCAGUUACGCCAUGUUCACCGUGUUAAGAUUUUUCAUAGCUUUACUGAACAUG